AUGGCGUUGCUGUGCAUCCUGGAGACGGGCCCGCCGCCGCCGCACCCGGAGGAGGCGGCCCGCGCGGCCGCGUCCCCGGAGGAGGCGGCCCGCGCUGCGCGGCCCCCGGAGCCGGACGUGGGGAAGCUGGUCGGGGACCUGAAGACGGCGCUGGCGCAGUCGGAAGAGCGGCGGCGGAGCGCGCAGGAGCGCCUCGACGCCUUCCAGGCGGACGCCGCGGACGUGGAGAGGGGCCUGGCCGAGAGGCUCCAACACUUUCAGGAGCAGCUGCGCUCCCUGAAGGCGGAACGGAAGAGGACCGCCCGUGGCAUGCAGGAGCAGAGGCUCCACGAGGAGCUGCGCGACGCGGAGGCGAAGCGGGACGCGAUGCUGCACGCGACGCGGGAGCUCGAGGUGGAGCUGGCGCGGGGCGCGGGGCCUUUGAGGGCGUGGUCCGACCACGCUGCUGGCGGCGCCCUCGCGGAGCUGGACUCCCUGGAGCCGGAGGGCGUGCAGAGCGCCCUGCGCGGAGAGGUCAGGGCACUCCGCGUCGCACUGGAGGCCGUCGAGGCCCAGCGAGAGGAGGCGCUCCAGACGCGCGCCCUCGAGCGGGAGGAGGAGGCCCUCCGGGAGCAGGAGGAGGCGCAGAGGGCGGAGGCGCUGGAGCUCGAGGCCGCGGAGGACCGGCUGCGGGAGGCGCGGGCGCGCGCGGCCGAGGGCCUGCGACGCCGGCCGGCGCCCGACGACUCGCUGGCGGCGCUCGAGGCGGCGCGCGCCCGCCUGGCGGACGCGGAGGCGGCCUGCAGGCAGCUCCAGGAGUCGCUGGACCCGCUGCGGGAGGACUGCGGGCAGCUGAUGGCGCUCCGCUCCGCCGCCGAGGCGCGCAUCGCGCAGCUGGAGAAGCGGCUGCAGGUGAGCCUGCGCUCCGCGGCCGACCGCGCCCUGCGCGACCUGUGGCAGACGGAGCACCGCGGCUCCGCCGCCCUGGUCUUCGUGCUCGCGCGGCUGUGCGGCUCGCCCCGGCUCGCGUUCAUGGUGCUGGACAGCAACCGCAGCGGGAAACUUGCCAUGAUCGAGUUCGACAGCGGCCUGCGCUUGCGCCUCUGCCUGGACUACGAGGCCAUCACGGGCAUGAAGCUGCGGGCCCUGUUCAAGGAGUUCGACACCAGGCGAAACGGCGUUCUGCAGCUCGAGGACUUGGCGGCGUGCCACCCGGACAUGUGGGCUAGCUCGAGCUGA